CCAAACGGGAGAUGAUUUCUUUAAGACAUUUCCCGGACUUCGGAUUAGGAACGCUAUGUCUUCCGUGAUUGUACUUUCUGGUAAAAGCACGAGAUGCUGUUUGAUGUGUUUGGACAAUAAUGGUUGUUACGGUGUCAAUGUUCACAAAGACGAUGGGAUUUGUGAAAUAAAUACAUUAGGACCACAUGGUUAUGGUGAUAUAGUAGACACCAAUCAGUCUUGGACGGCUUACUUCAGAUCAAACGCACUGUCCAGCGAGUUAAUGCUUCGUGCCACGCCAGGGAUCGGAGUCAGCGUAAAAGACACAUGGCUUGGAACAACAACUCUACCAACCGUCCAGGACGCAUGCAUUUCCAUGUCCACUGGAGCCUGUAACACACAUUACCGGAAUCCGAAAGUAGAUUUAUGGAGUUUACUACCUAUCUCAGAAGUGACUAUAGAACUGUACAGGGGAGGAUCUAAAGUGGCGUUUGUAACAUUUAAUGGGAUAAAUUCUGAUCAGAAGAGUUGGUUUUCUCCAUCCCGUGUUCUGAACAGUAGCUGGAGUACACUGACGUCAUCCGCAGUGAACAACUUCUUCUCUGUCGACGGACACGUAUCGUGUUCUCGGGUUUUCUUCAUCAACAGAAACUAUGCGUCCUGUUCAGGAGACACCGGCUGGUUAGCUGUGUUAGACCCCGUUAAUACUGUUUGUUGCCCUGGAUCAUGGGAUGAUGUGACAAACCCACCAAAGUUUUUAUACUCUGCAGUAGACAGUCCUGCAAAAUACGUUUCAGGAGAUUUAGAAGUGCAGUUUAAUCCUGCAGUCCAGGAUGAUAGCAGACAGGAGAGGGGUUUUUGUCCUGAUGCACACAUAGACCAGGGUGAUGAUGAAGACACACAUACUAUAUGUGAUCAAGAUGAAUAUUUGAACAAGUUCCUUGUUCCAGCCUCAUCACCGGGUUAUGCAGCAAAACGUCCUUUUUCUCUCAAGCCAUAG